CGUCGGAUCAAUAACAACGACGGACCACUAUGGCGGAAAAGCAAGGCAACUGUGGAGGAGCUGAGCGUCUGUGUGUCUGCCAUGCUGAUGGCCGUCAUCCAGUGUGGAAGUCUUGUGAAGAGUCAGCAGUUCAGAGAGACUGAACUCAGCCUCAGGAGCAAAGGAUUCAUCAACAUUUCCGGUCGGCGAGUCUCUGGAGGAGCGCGAUGACGGUGUCCUGUUUUGAGGAGAGAAGCUCCAUGGCAGUAGCUAUCCGGCUGAGGGACUCUGCCAUCCGGAUCUCCCUUCUCUCCCUCCUCUUCUCCCUGACUUCACGCUUACGUCGAGUCACUCGCUCCAGCAUCGACACACCGGACCACCGGCUCCCUCCUCCGGACUCCCUCGGCUUCGUCAUCGCUCUUGCGGAUUCUCCUUCCUCCUCCAGACGCGGACCGGAGCGCAGCGCACUCAAGUCUCCGAAUCUUCCUGUGUGUGGAGAUACAAACCCCGGUGUGUGGUUCGAGCCAGGAGCUGCCUGCGGUGCCUCUGACAGAGACAGAGCAACAGCCUCCACCGGCGCGUCACUGAGGUCGGAAGGUUCCACGCCGAGCUGCAGCCAUGGACGAGAUGGACCUGCCGCAGAUGAAGAAGGAGGUGGAGAGCCUGAAGUACCAGCUGGCCUUCAAGAGAGAGAAGUCCUCCAAAACGGUGACCGAUUUGGUCAAGUGGAUCGAGGACGGCGUCCCCGAGGACCCCUUCUUGAACCCGGAGCUGAUGAAGAACAACCCCUGGGUGGAGAAAGGGAAGUGCAUUCUCCUCUAGAAGCAGCCGGGGUCGACGCCACGGAUGAACGCCCCGCCCCCAGACCCUCUCCAGCACCUCCCCCUCUCCUCCCACCAUGAAUGUACACCCGCCGAAACCCUCACCGGGACACUCUCUCCACGCCCGAACGUUGGGGUUCUGCCCCAAACUGCCACUGCUCCCCACUGCAAGUUUCCUCCUGCCACGUGACUGGAUGCAUUGUUCCGACGGCGCUCAAUACCGCGCGUCUCUAUAUGGAUGUACAACCUAUUUAUGCAGCUGCCUGGCACGCCGGCUUUCAUCCUCCGCCUCGGUCUGAGGAGCGAGCCACCAUCUCACCGGGCCGCUGCAGAUCUGCUGAGACGCCAGGGGAGCCCCAAAACCUGCUUCAAGAUUAAAUCGACUGAAAAUAACCUCCUAUAUUUAAAAAUGGUCCACAAAUAUGAAAUGGUGACGAAGAAAAAUUGGAUCAAAAUCAUGGAUUUCUCUUAAAUUUGGUGCAUAAAAAUGCAAAUGAAGAAGUUCUAAUAUGAAGACAAACUUUAAAAACAUGAAACAACCCACAGUAUGAUGCGGUUAUUAAACACGCUAGAACAAGGUGAGGCUGAGGAACUGCACUUGCUUCAUGCGCGUGUUCCUUGUGUCUCCGAGUCAGCUCUGGCCUGGCGGUGGGCGGAGCCUGGGCUCAGAUCUGCAGCCCGCUGCGCCGGUGCCUCGCUGUCAUUAGCUCUGUUUGUUGUUGCUCCAGGCCUCUGGAGAGGAUCUGAGUUUACCUCUGCUCCUUAACAACCGUCCCCCAGGACCAAACACACCGCCGUGCACUCACUUGUACAGACGGACCCCUUUAACUUAUCCAUGUAUUUAUUAUUUAUUGGUGUGUGAGUCUUCCUCGUGUGGAUCAGAGACACCGCCGCCGCCGCCGCCGCUGCCAGAUCUCUUACUGCCUUGUCCGCGGUUUCCUUAACUGAGAUUGUAAAUAGGGAGGUGUGACACCACUGACCUCAGGUCUGGCGGCUGGUUUGCGUGCGGCAGGGACACGCACACGCUCGCCCGGAGCAAACACACUACUGAGCGUGUGCAGAAGAGGGCCAGGGGCCGGGACAGGCGGCCGCGCCACUUGGUCGUCCUGACGCUUUCACGGCCACUCCUCCAGGUCAAAGGUCGAAAGUUAAACCUCUGAUCCAGGUUUCCAAGAUAUUAUGAUCCAUCGUUUAUGAUCUUAUCAGUAAUAUUUCCAUCCUACCUGCUGUCAGGGUUAUGAUUUUUGAAACUUUGAUUGUGUAGUUUUACUUCUCAACUUUAUUUUAUUUCACAUAACUAAUAUUAGUCGUUCAAAUGUAGAUUUUUUUGCCAAAUUUCUCAGUAGCUUUUUUACUCCCCAAAUUGGAAAUAUGUCUUAUCAACCUAUUGUUCUUGAGUUUUUAAAUUCUAAUUUUUAUUACAAUUUGUUUCCAGUUCUCCACUAAUUCUCCGCUGAUGUUAUUUUUUUUAUCACACAUUUUCCCCAAAAAACAUCAGCAGUAAUUUUUUUAUUUUAUUUUAUUUUUCUUGAUUAACCGUAAUUUAUUAUUAUUAUUUAAACUCUAGUUUUGUUAGUAGUAAAAAAUAGUGACAAUUUGAAGAUUAUUGUUACUAUUUAAUUCUAUUAUUAUUAUUAUUGUCAGACAUGUUUCCACUGGUGUUUGAGAGAAGCCGCCUGUCCCUGCUUCGCUUUAUUUAUUUCUGUUAGUUCAGCUACUGUUUGAUUUUUUUUUACAUAUAUCCUGAACGUUUGUCUGUCACAAUGAUGACAUCAUAUUCCCGCGUCUCCGUAUCUUAUUCCUUGUGAGAGUGCUUUGCGAAACCUAAUAUGCAUCUGAUAAACUCCUAGUGUGACGACGACAAGCAAUAAAUUAAUCAUUUUUUAUUGAAUGUUUUACAAAAACGUUGAUCUUAUUAAAUAAAGUAGAAGGUUUUUAGAUGA